UUAAUUAAAAUGUCAAAUUCGGUGCAGUGCCUGAGAAGUUAAUGAAAUUUUCUUCGCUUCUAUAAAACCCCAAAAAAAGAGAACUGGCGCCAACUAAAAAUUUUCACUCCACAGCAACUUCUCCGUUCCAAUCUUGCGAAAAAAAGAAAAAGAAGAAAAAAAAAAAUCUAAAUCCCUCACUCUUGCCGAAUAAAAAAGAGAAAUCGAAAUGUCGAAUUCACAGCCGGAUUCGAACGUUUUCAGUGUUCGAAUCGUGUCCAUCGAUCAUUACAUGGCACCGCCAAUCCCCGGCUUCGAUAUUUGCUAUAGUAGCUUUCAAGGUGAAAAAGUGAAUGAAGUUCCGGUCAUAAGAAUCUAUGGUUCGACACCGGCCGGUCAGAAGACUUGUUUGCAUAUUCAUAGAAUUAAAGGUGGUGUUGGUUCGAAACGGCAGCAUGUGCAUGGUUGCAGCCUUGUACGAGCAAAGAAGUUUUAUGGUUAUCAUUCAUCUGAGGAGCUAUUUGUAAAGAUUUAUCUCUACUAUCCACAUGAUGUCUCCCGUGCUGCCUAUCUUCUUCUGGCAGGUGCCGUUCUGGAUAAAAGCUUGCAGCCUCAUGAAUCGCACAUUCCAUUUAUUCUCCAGUUUCUUGUGGAUUUUAACUUGUAUGGGAUGGGUCAUCUUCAUUUAUCAAGGAUGAAGUUCCGAAAUCCAGUACCUGAUCUUUUCCAUCCAAGAACAUUUAAUUACUAUGGUCAACAUGGGAAGAAGAUAGGUGACUUGACGUUGGAGUCUGGUGGUUUUCAGGCAGAUUCAAGUUGUGAUGUGUGUGUAAGUUCCCCAGUUUGGAUAUCUUCCACGAUUCCAGCUGAAUGGAUGUGGCACAUUUCAACUGAACUUUAUGGGUCAUUAGACCAAGACACUUGCAAUGUUAAACGUCAAAGUUUUUGUGAACUUGAGGGAGAUACCACUAUUGAUGACAUUCUUAACCAGCAAUUCAAAGUAAACAUAUCUCUAUCACAAACCUGUUCCAAUAUGAAAAUGGUUCAGUCACUUAUUCCAAUUUGGGAGGAAGAAUAUGAAAGGACAGGGAUGGAUGAGACUGCUCUACCUUCUGACCCUGACAAGCCACUUUCCAAAGAUGUUUUGAAAGCUCUCUCACUUGGUCUUGGAUUUGAGAACAAAGUAAUGGAAUUGUGCAGCAAAAUUGAAGAAACUUUGUCUUGCAAUGAAUUGGGAUUUGAACAUUCAGUUGUGCCGUCAGCUGAUGAGGAAAAUUUGGUUGGAUCUACACAUAUCAAUUCAAAGCACACUGUUCCACGAGCACUGAAUUGUUUGGAAGAAAAAGACCUGCUUGAAUCUCGGUUACAAUAUCAUAAGCCAUGUGGAAAGGAGAUGAAUGCUGCAUCAUCUGAAGAAAAUGAUGUCUGUCCUGAACUAUUGUGUUUUGGUGAAAUACAAUCAUCAGAAACAGAGUUUACCUCUGACCCAAAGUCUACAGAUACAGAAGCUUUGGGGCUUUUAAGGUGGCUUGCCACUUCUCAUGCUGCUGAAGAUAUAAACUCAGAUGAUGAACUUGUUUGUGAGACUAUUCUGACUCCUUUGUUGCCUGCAAUAACCAUUGAUAAGGUGCUAGAGAAAGCCAGUAUCGAUUAUGAGAGUGAGUCACAGAAAGAAUGUCAGGAUAUUCUAGAUUCGGUUGGGGAUUUAAUUGACUUUGAGGGUCUGAAGGAAAGAAAUUCUCAUUCUUUUGAUCAUACUGAAAUUUCAUCUGGCAAAGAUAAUUCCCAAACAGAUGGUUCUGGUGAUGAUAUAUCCCCAUCACCUUCUGCAGGUCCAGUUGCAAAUUCAUCAAAAACAGACAUAAAAACUGAAUUUAAGAGGUCUUCCCAGGAUAUUGGCAAAACAUUUAGUACUAAGAGCAAAAGGAAAAAAUCUUUGUGGGGCUCUUUACCACUUUCUGCGGCUGAAAAGAGGAAGUAUAAUUUGGAUAGUGCCAGUUUCAGUGUAACUGAAGCAUGUGCUGAUGAAAUUAAAGAAUAUUUAGGCGCAAGUUUCUCAGCUGAAAAUGAUUUGGGAAAAACUUCUGAUCCUUUAAAUAGAAAUGUACAUGUCAAUAACCGUGAUAAACUGGAAGCAAGCACAUUAGUUGAAUGCUCUGUGCGGGACUUGAUGAGAAGAAAGCGAAGCCGCCAAAUUGCGCCUGCUGAUUGUGGAUCUGUUAGGAGUGAAAAGGUUCAUUUGAAGGGAGAAAAAGAAACACCUAUUUUCUUUUGCCCAAAACAAUUAGAUUUUCAUGGGCUACAAGAUGAGCUUGACAAGAAGGCCCCUGGAUCUCUCAACCAUAGGCCAUCACUUGCCAACGAACAAAAGGAAUAUCAUGAGGUUGUUGGCUUCAAGCCUACCCAUUCUGAUUCGAUGUAUUGUAAUUUACCCCAAUUGUCUAGCAUUUAUAAUCCACCACAGUCUAACAGAGGCCAUCCUGAACAGAUGGAGAAGAAGUUAGCAUUGAACUUUUACACCGAGAAGCAUGACUGUGCAAUUUCUAUUGGUAAUUGUGAAACUUACAAUUGUAAAGAGUUUGAUUUUCGAGCAGCUUCUGCAGAACCCAUAAAUUCUGAUGCCUACACUUCGAAAUCUCAUACGGAAAUAAAUUCUCCUGAUGAUAGAUUACAGCAAACAGGAGCUAGUGGUUCUUGGUGUUUAUCGGCUUCUCCAUGUAAGCACAAAGUGCUUGGGAUGGAUGGUUACAUCCACAAAAAUUACAACGCAGGUGGAACUUCCUUAUCUACUGACAAACUUGUGGUCAUGGAUGCGAUGACCUACAAAAAUGAUCUGCAGAAUGAAGAUUGUGUUGGUGGAAAACAUAGUGACUAUACUGGCUUGGUUUUUGAGGAGACAAGACCAGUGGAGUUGAUUGGCAUGACCUUCCGCAAGAAACCCCCAACAGCAGAUUGGAAUGAAGGAGCAACUGAAAAUGUUUCGCAUUCACCUACUACCCGAUAUUGCCCAUCUCUUUUUAAUGAGGGAAAUUAUCAAGGAAAAUCAGGGAAAGCUCCGGAUGAGAUUCUCCCAUUUUUUCCAGGGGACUGUGAAGAAGUGAAGGAACGCCAACACAACUGCCUAGGAAAUAACAACUCUAAUUUUCAUCAAGAAGCUGCCUUGGGCGUUCCCACUCACUAUCAAAAUGAUGGGUCUUUCUUGUACAUGUUAACACCUGUAUUUUCACCCCCUUCUGCAGAUUCUGUAUAUAGAUGGCUGUUAUGUGAUGACAAAGGAACUUCUAGACAGAGUAAUGCAGUAUCAGCAGAGUCUCCAUCUUUAACAGGCUCUUCUGAGUGUCUGAUUGCUUCGGAAAACUCUUCACCGGUUAACUUUAACGAGGCUUUGACUGAAUCUAGUACUAAAUAUCACAUGAGAUCAGUGUUGGAUCAAGGGCUUCUACAGAAGAAUUUGGCCCUUGGUUCAGAAGUGAAGUCUUGCAGUAAUAAGUCAAGAACACCAUGUCAAAGUGAGGGAAAUAUUAUGAAAGUAAAUACAUGCACUGAUGGCUCACAAGAUAUGUCUCAGAUUUCAGGUCCAGAUGGAAAAUCCAGGCCCACUCCACUAAGUCAAAUUGGAUUUCGUGAUCCUGCAAGUGUUGGUGCUGGGCAACAGCUUACAUUGUUAAGCUUGGAGGUUCAUGCAGAAUCUAGAGGAGACCUACGACCUGAUCCUCGAUUUGAUGCCAUCAAUGUAAUAGCUCUUGCAAUUCAGAAUGACAAUGAUUCUGUGACAGAAGUUUAUGUGCUUUUAUAUAGUAACACUGGAUUCUGUCAGAGGAGUCUUGAUGGAAUAUCUUGGUUUAAGGUGUUUGUUUUCUUUGAGGAGAAGCACUUAUUUGGUCAGUUUAUGGAGAUAUUAUGUUCUCUUGAUCCUGAUAUUUUAAUGGGUUGGGAUGUUCAAGGUAGUUCUCUUGGUUUUCUUGCUGAAAGAGCUGCAUAUCUUGGUAUAGGAUUGCUUAAUAAAAUAUCAAGGACACCAUCUGAAACCAAGAUAAAAGCUGAAGAGAUUAACAUUUCUGAAAAGGGUUUAGAAGAUGAAUUGCUGCCUAAGCCAUUGAUUGCUGAUAAUAUUGUGAUGGAAGAUGCAAUAAUAGAGGAUGAAUGGGGCCGAACUCAUGCCAGUGGCGUCCAUGUUGGUGGUAGAAUUGUCCUCAAUGUCUGGCGGUUAAUGCGUACUGAAGUUAAACUUAAUAUGUAUACAGUUGAAGCUGUAACUGAAUCUGUUUUGAGGAGAAAAAUUCCAUCAAUUCCUUAUAAAGUAUUGACUAAAUGGUUUUCAAGCGGCCCUGCAUGGGCAAGGUACAGAUGUGUAGAGUAUGUGGUUGAAAGAGCAAAGUUGAAUCUGGAGAUAAUAAAUCAACUUGAUAUGAUAAAUCGAACAUCAGAACUUGCUCGUGUUUUUGGCAUCGACUUCUUUUCUGUGCUUUCUCGAGGUUCGCAGUUUCGUGUUGAAUCCAUGUUUCUGAGGUUGGCACAUACACAGAAUUAUCUAGCUGUUUCUGCUGGAAACCAACAGGUUGCUUCUCAACCUGCAAUGGAGUGUUUGCCUCUUGUGAUGGAACCUGAAUCCGGUUUCUAUUCAGAUCCAGUUGUUGUGUUGGACUUUCAGUCUCUUUAUCCAUCCAUGAUAAUUGCUUACAAUCUUUGCUUUUGCACAUGCCUUGGCAAUAUUGCAAAUUGUAAAGUAAAUACUCUUGGGGUUAGUUCAUAUGCACCAGAUCCAAAUGUUUUGCGGGAUUUAAAAGAUCAACUGCUGCUUGCUCCAAAUGGUGUUAUGUACGUUCCUUCAAAGGUACGCAAAGGAGUGCUGCCUCGCUUACUGGAGGAAAUAUUAUCAACCAGAAUAAUGGUGAAACAAGCAAUGAAGAAGUUGACUCCUUCACAGCAGGUUCUUCAGCGGAUAUUCAAUGCAAGACAGCUUGCUUUGAAGCUGAUAGCAAAUGUAACUUAUGGUUAUACUGCUGCUGGAUUUAGUGGUCGCAUGCCUUGUGCUGAGCUUGCAGACAGUAUUGUUCAAUGUGGUCGUAGCACACUUGAAAAAGCUAUUUCUUAUGUAAAUUCACAUGAAAAAUGGAAGGCUAAGGUGAUAUACGGUGACACUGACAGCAUGUUUGUCCUCCUUAAGGGGCGCACUGUCGAAGAAUCAUUCAAAAUAGGGCAUGAGAUUGCAACUGCAAUAACUGCAAUGAAUCCAAAUCCAGUUGCAUUGAAAAUGGAGAAAGUCUAUCACCCGUGUUUUCUCCUUACUAAGAAGCGCUAUGUUGGCUAUAGUUAUGAGAGCCCUGACCAAGUCAAACCUAUUUUUGAUGCUAAAGGCAUUGAGACAGUUCGCCGAGAUACUUGUGGUGCUGUUUCCAAGACAUUGGAACAGUCGUUGAGACUCUUUUUUGAACAUCAGGAUAUAUCAAAGGUUGAAGCAUAUUUGCAUCGUCAGUGGACAAGGAUUUUGUCUGGCAGGGUGUCUCUUCAGGAUUUUGUUUUUGCGAAAGAAGUUCGCUUAGGAACUUACAGUACGAAAGUAGGUUCACUCCCACCAGCUGCAAUUGUGGCAACCAAAGCAAUAAGAGCAGAUCCCAGGGCAGAACCACGCUAUGCAGAGAGAGUACCCUAUGUUGUAAUCCAUGGAGAGCCUGGGGCUCGCCUGGUUGACAUGGUGGUGGAUCCAUUGGAACUUUUAGCUAUUAAUUCCCCUUUCAGGUUAAAUGAUUUGUAUUACAUCAACAAACAGAUAAUCCCUGCAUUGCAGAGGGUUUUUGGGCUUGUUGGUGCUGACUUGAACCGGUGGUUCUCAGAAAUGCCUCGCCCAACCAGGGAAGCUUUUGGUAAACGCAGUGUGCAUGCUUUAAAUCCACAGCAGACUAGAAUUGAUUAUUAUUAUCUUUCAAAGCACUGUAUACUCUGUGGUGAGUUGGUCCAAGCAUCAGCUCAUCUAUGUGGUAAAUGUUCACAAAACGAAACUGCAGCUGCGACAGCCAUAACUGGGAGGACUUCAAAAUUAGAGAGAGAGAUGCAACACCUUGUUGCUAUAUGUCGACAAUGUGGAGGAGGGGACUGGCUUGUGGAGAGUGGAGUGAAAUGCAAUUCUCUUGCGUGCUCUGUUUUCUAUGAGAGGCGUAAAGUUCAGAAGGAACUACAAGGCCUUUCUGACAUUGCCACUGAUAAAGGUUUCUACCCGAAGUGUAUGGUGGAGUGGUUUUGAACUCAUUUCUUCGCACACGAAAUAUCAAAUAUGGCUCAAUCUCCUUUCACUCUCCUUCUCCUAAAACGUCUUUCUUUCUCUUCUAAAACCCCUUUUAAACUCCAUAACUAUUCUCCAUAUCCAAUUUUCACCACCAUUUAUUUGAAGCCCUUCUCUUCUGCUUCCCCACAGCCGGCGGGCACCGUCAUCCAAGAACCGCGGAAACCAACCUCUCUCUCGGCUCGUAUGAGCUUCGUUUUUGACCAAAUUGAUAAAAUUGAAAAACAGAAACAGCAGCAAUCGCUCGAAAACGACGACACCCUCCAACGUAUCCGAGCUUGGCGUCAAUCAAAGAAGGAAUCUCAAGCAACCCAACAGAAAAUUCAAUCCAAAGAACAAAACUCAGAUUCUGGAAUUGCUAAAAAUGAUGCCAGUUCUACUGAGUUUACUUUGUCGGACUCGCCCGAGUUAUCAGGGUCACCAAACGGGGAUGCCCUCCGGCGGAUUCGUGCUUGGAGGGAAUCGAAGUAUGGGGAGAAUAAGGAAUAUCCAGAAGGUGAAACUGCUAAAAAUGAGGCUAAAGUUAGUGUUUUAAGUACUGAUUCAGUGACUGAGUUGGGCGAGUUGGAAAGGCAGAAGGGGAAGGAGGUGGAGGUGGUGCACCCAUGGCCGGAGUGGAUAGAGUUGAUGGAGAGAUUAGUGCAACAGAAUUACUUUGAUCAUAAAAGGAGAGAUGAGGAAAAGAUGGUGGAAGAGUUGGGAUUUGAUAUGAGUAAUGUUGUUGAGGAAGUUAAGGAUGAUGCUGGAAUUGAUUUCAAGGACUUCAAGACUGUGCAAACUGCUUGUCUUAAUUUCGGGAAGGACCGGUUUGAUAUAUUGAGGUCAUUAUCAAGACAGGAUAUCCAAAUUUUGGUUGGUUUUGGAUGCCCAAGUGCAGACAAGAAGGUGGUUUUCUCUGCAAAACUCUUGAGGAAACAUGUACACCUUGAUGAAGGAGAUGUUUGUAGUUCCUGCAGCUUGAGGAAUUCUUGCGAGAGAGCAUAUCUUCUAACUAAUAAAGAGGAUGAGGCACGAACUAUUGAUGUUAUGCGUGUCUUAUUGGCCUAUGGUUUUGAUUAUGUGAAUGGUUCAGUGGUAAAUGAAUCUGUUCUGAAACAGAAGUCUGUAAAGACUGUUGUUCGUAAGUUGCUUUAUGAGGUUGUAAAAUUGAGUGCUGUUCCUAUAGACCCAAAUCUUCCCCCUCCUGUGAUAAAGAAGCCUCCACCAAAAGUGAAGCAACCUCCUCCUCCUCCAAAGAAGCGAGUUGGGCGAGAUGACAUUGAGAUGAAAAAGGGUGAUUGGCUUUGUCCCAAGUGCGAUUUCAUGAAUUUUGCAAAGAAUACAGUCUGUCUACAGUGUGAUGCUAAGCGGCCAAAGAGACAGCUGCUUCCUGGGGAAUGGGAAUGCCCUGAGUGCAACUUCUUAAAUUACAGGAGAAAUAUGUCAUGUUUUCAUUGUGAUUGCAAGCGUCCACCUGAUGCAUUUAUAGAGAGUAAAAUUCAAGAAACGCAACCUGGUCCAAGAACAAGGUUGGAGAAGGUUGCCCACCGACCAGAGGUUUCUAAUGCCUGGAAUUUUGACUUCGAUGAUGGUGAAUCAGAUGGGGCAGAUGUUGCUGCCUUUGAGUAUGCAGAUUCUUCGGUAAAGGGUGAAGCUUUUCCUUUGGAGAACCAGACCCGUGGAGGGAAGUUUAGAGGGCUUGAAGGUGAUUUUGAUGCAUCUGGCCGAGCCUCAAGGGUCCAUGAAAGAAUGUAUUCGGAUAUUGAUAGCAACAAACAUGGAACAGGCUUUGAUGAUUUUGAUGAUUUUGAUGAUAUUGAUAGUUACGAGAUAGACUCUCAGCGAAAUAAUCCAAGGCAGAAAGCUUCUUCAAACAUUUACUCUGACAAUGAGAUGUUUUCUGAACCAGAAGGUAGUGAGGGCUUUAAUGAUAAUUCUCUUGCUCAUCGAAGGACAAGGGUUCCAUCUUACAUUAAGCCAUCUAAGCACAUUCAUAGAGAAGUAGCUUUAUCGGACUCUGAUGAUGAACUAGAUUUUGAUUCAGAUGAAGAGCUUUCAGCUCAUCCUAACUGGAAAUCGAGUCAUGUAGCCGACUCAAAGCAUAGGGGUAGAACUGCAAGAGGUGUGUUAAAGGACUUAAGCUUUGGCUCAGAUGAUCUUGAUUCGAAUUCCGAUAGUGAUGAUGAUUUUGGAUCCAAACGGAGGAAAGAGGACAAAAGGAGCUACGGCAGAGGCAACUUUCAUAACCGCGGAAGUUUUGGCUUUCAACGUGGUUCCUUCUCUGGUUCAGAAUAUGAACAUGAUGGUACACACUCUAGAAGAAAUGGAUCAAGAGUGAGCAAAAUCGGAUCUGGCAGACGAGGAAACAAUGUGAGUAGCCAUGGUGAUUACAACUCGAGAAAAGAUUCGCGAUCUGGAUUCAACACCAAGAUGGAUGGCUAUGGCAGACGAAGAAUGGAUAACAACAUGCAGAGAUUCAAGGGACCUAGAAAAGAUGGAAAUAAGCCCUGGGUAAGGUCUCAUGAAUAUGGUAUGGACAUGGAUGAUCCAAGUGAAUUUAGAAACAGUAGGCGUGUUAUUGAAAGAUAAGUCAGCAGUUGUGACAAUUUUUCCUUCUCUUUUUGAAUGGCAAUUCCAUAAAAAUUGUAUUUCUUUCCAACAGGUUGACAGAUUCUAUGUAGUCAAUUAUAUUAUUUACAUUUUCCCCCUCCAUUUUUGUUGGGCUCAAAAUUUGAGAAAUUAUUUUAUUUUCU